AUGGCAGCAUUUCAAAAGCUUCAUGAUGCUGCUGAUCCGGCCAUAGUUGAAAAAUGGGAAGAGCAGGAUCGACAAGCACAAAUACAGAGACUGGCAGAUCCUUCGGCAAUGGAUGUUUUUGACGUGCAGCUACAAAAGGCACCGACGCGGAAACAACAAGAGCUGGCCUUGCUGGCUCGUGUUGGCCGUGGAGGUGGGAACGCGCAACGGGGUGCCGCCACAUGGAUCGCAUCCGGGAUCACAAUCGAAGAGCUGCAGAUAUCUUUGUCGAUGGACAUCAGGAGGUUGGGAAAACAUCCCACCGAAACGCAGCACUUGGAGAUAGGGAGACGCCGGACAAAGUUGCAAAGCCGGAUUGAUGAAUUUACGAUUGCUGCAGUCAAUCAUCUCGGAGAGGACUUCGAUCUGGAUGACGACAUCAGAGAUAUGGAGGUUGAAUUCAUUGAUGAUUCAGAGCAAGAAGUGGACGCUGUUACCGACAGUGAACAUGAUUCCCAUGAAGAUCCGCGAUGCAUGGUCUUCCGCCCCGAGAAUGUCAUGAUACCUCUUCCAUCCAACAUCGGCAUCCAUAGAUGCACGGAGUUAGGCGUAGGCCACCUAGUUGGUCAGGAAAUUGCACUUCGGGAAGGGCAGGCUAACGACACCCUGCAAGCAAUCAGAGUACUCCUAGCCGACAAGGCUGUGCUCUUCCGCACCACCGUCCGUCCGGCAAAAUCUCAGGCCAAGGUCACCAGAGCAUGGACGCAGGUUCAUUCGGUGGAAAGGGUCAUCAGACUGCAAACUAUGAUUUAUUCAAAAUGCCGGGCGCAACUUAGCAAUCUACAAGCUCAUGCUCUAUUGGAAAAAUAUCUUCGGAUGGAGAAGAGUCAUUUGAAGGCAAGCGCUGCAGUCGCCGAUCCGAACGCCCGGGGACAGAGAAACUCCACCCUUCCGUGGUUCUGGUCUCUUGAUGUACAAGGUGAUUCCAUUAGCAACGAUUGGAUGAACGAAUUCUAUAGGGUCCAUUGGCUUCGGGCAAAGGCUUUGCGCGACCGAUGGUCGGAAGAACAAUUGCUCAUCGAAUAUGAAAUGUGUUGGACCUUACAGUUUUUCCUCCACAAGGCAGGUAUGUGGCUGUCACGUAUCACUCGCAACGGCGAUCCACUGCCAGAAGGCCACAAAUGUUACGCAAUUCGGCAGGCCCACAUGUACCACCAAUUGGCCAAACAUGCACGUACAAGCUUUCUCAAAGCAAAUCCGAUGUUCAAGGUCAUUGUUUAA